UUGUGUCGAUUUGGGGGUUGGUCUCCUUCCUUUACUUUCUCUGCUGCGCUGAAGUGCGGGGAAAGCCCCUUCCCGAAAUUGGGCUUGCUGUUUUGCAAUUUUUGGCUGUGUCACUUAGAGGGGGGGUUCCACUGCCGGGUGGGCUAUUUUCAGUGUGUGUGUGCGCUCAAGGCACGAGUGUGUUGUUAAGACAAUUCUGGCUUUAAAAUGGGAGUUUCUGCAAAGCUGCCGUAUCCAGACGCAUGGUACGUAGUUGUCCGAUGGGAAGGAAAAAUCCAAAUAUGGCUCCUCUCCUUUUGUAGGAGGACCGGUUUUUUUUGUUUUGUUUGUUUGUUUGUUUGCAGGGCAGGGGUAUUGUGGUGCUUGGGGGUUUCUCCUGUUUAACUAUGGUCUCUGGAUCCCACCCACCCACGCUCUCGCCUCUCCCCCCACCCGUUUCCCAGUGACCACUGGAGAGCUUGCGGUGAAGCACGAGGCCUGGUGUGUGGAAGCGAGAGCAGUUGCUGAGUCAUCCACAGGCUGGUCUCGCUGAUAGACCCAGCAGGCGGGGGCCCGACUGGGGGGCAAGAGCUCGUGCGCCCGACCAGCAGCGGAGCACAUUUGCAUGCCUUUCUGGGUUCUGGAUCCGGAGCAGAUUUGAGGCUUCUGGCAUUGGCUUCCAAGUUCUGCCGGCUCUUCUGGGCCGGGUGGCUCGCCCCACCUGGGGUUCGGCCGCCCAGAAAUCGUGGUGGCGUGGUAUCUGUGGGGGUCUUCUCAGCCACGUGGUGCCCCUGCUUCUUCCUUGCGUUCGUUCUGACCAAGGGCAUGUGAAUUCUCUGCACCACCAGCAGCUGCACCCAAAUGUUUCCGGCCCCUGUGAUGAACGGGCUCCCUGCCCCGCCAGGCGACCCCGCGCACCCUGGCGGCUGGAAUGAGUUUUGCGAGCACCAUGCCAUCUCCACCGCCAGAGAGCUGGCCCGCAAGUACCUCCUGUUUGUCAGCGAGAACCCCCAGCACGAAGUCCUGGCGGCCGAGAACUUCUCCCUUCAGUUCGCUGACCUUUUCCAGCAGUACUUCCGCAAUGAGGUGAAGGACGGCUGUGCCAUGAACCGGUUCCGCAUCCUCCCCUUCAGCAGGGUGCGGGACUACCGGGAGACCGGCCGGAAGCAGGCGGGGGGCUCCCUCAGGGGAGUCGUGGCCAAAGCCGAAGUGGAGCUGGCUGACCAGGCCGCCAGGAACCCCGAGGCCCACCCCCGAGGCCUGCCCAAGGCCUGGAGCUCUGAGGAGCUUGCAGGAACAGCUUCCCCGUCGGCCCCGAGGAGACCCUUUUCCCUGGACCGCCUGAGGAGGAGUUGGCGCAGCUUUUUCCGCAGGAGGUCCUUGGAGCCGGCCCCCGGAGGAGGGGAGAUAUUGGACUCCGUUUCAAAGCCCGGCCUUGCCCGGAAGUUCUUCCCGUGGGCCCUUUCGCCGGACCCCUCUUCUCAGAUUCAGAAAGAGGGCAGUCUGAAAUACUGGAUGGUGACCGAGGCUACGAUGGACAGCGGGGCUUGCUGGCAGAGGUGCCGGCUGGUUUUGCGGAGAGCGGGGGCUUUGGACAACGGCGAUUACAUCGUGGAGGUGUUUGAUCCCCCCAAGAGUUCGAAGCCAAAGCUGCAGACCACCUGCUCGGAGAUCCAAGAAGUCCGUCCCUGCACUCGCCUGGAGAUGCCGGACCACACGGACACCUUUGUCCUCAAGAUGCUGAAGGGGAACACCUCCAUGGAUAUUGUAUUUGAGGCUGGAGAUGACCAGCAACUGUGUUCCUGGAUGUCUGAAAUUAAAGAGUGCCUCCAUCGAGGGUCAGAAGGCGCCGACGUUGAGCUGAUCUCAGACUCUCACUCAGAGGCUGUGACCGCAAGCCCCACAAACAGCAGCACGGACUCCCUGAACCAAGGGGCAAUGCUACCUGGCCUCCCAGACCAGAAUGACCAGAAGACCGACCACUACUUGACAUCCUUCCCCUGGUUCCACGGCCCCAUUUCUCGAGUCAAAGCCGCUCAGCUCGUCCAGCACCAGGGCCUUGACGGACAUGGGGUUUUCCUCAUCCGACAGAGUGAAACCCGCAGGGGAGAUUACGUCCUCACGUUCAACUUCCAAGGAAGAGCAAAGCACCUCCGGCUCUCCCUGACCGAGAGGGGCCAGUGUCGUGUCCAGCACCUGCACUUUGCCUCCAUUUUGGACAUGCUGCACCACUUCCAGCGCUUCCCCAUCCCCCUGGAGUGCGGAACGGCCUGCAAUGUGCAGCUGUCCAGCUAUGUUGUGGUCCUUCCACAUGCACAAGGCUCCAGCAACACAGUCCCACUCUCCCCCUCCGUCCACCGCUGCCACCCGGAAUUCAGCCUUGUCCAGCUGACCCCGUCCAGCUGCCCGCGGAUCCACCUGGCCAACAACCUCCGACGCAGCUCCUCGGUGGAGCAGAUAUUCCACCUGGUGCCCCCUCCAGAAGAGCUGGCCAGUGCCCUGUGGCCCAGCAGCCACCUGACCAGACCACCCACCACCCCUGCAACUCACCAGUGGGACAAUGAUUACGAGAUGGACUCACAAGGCAGGUCCCACCUGCGGGCGGUUAACAACCAGUAUACAUCCCUCUGACACAGUGGGAUGGGGCAACAGCCUGCUUUUGCACAAGACUGGAUAAAUGUUUCGGAAAGCCACGGAAAAGACUGAUUCCUUUUGGCUGAAGGCUCAUGCUGGGGCAGGGCAGCUGGGUACACUUGCCCCAAGCCUUGGAGGGCUAAGAUGGCAGUGGGGGGCGGUGUACCAGGGACUGGCUGCUUUUUUGUUUGAGUUUAUGACUCUAUUCUAACAAGACUCUGCCCCAGGCCUCAGAAAAGCUCUGCACAUGCCUGCUUGGCUGUGUUGGUUUGUAAGAUAGAUAACUCACUCCAUUAUGGAUGUGACCCUUGGAUUUGGCUUAUUAAAUGGCCUCUCUGUUAAGUUUUUUCACUCAAUCCUCUCAUCGGUUUUGCACAUGGCUCUUCCUUUGCUUUAGGCUCCUAGUUUAUUUUUGUUGCUACCGGUACAUACAAUAUUUUUUGGUCUCUGUAAGGAUGUUCCUCCACUUGAGGAAAAGGGGAAAUGUGUGGAAAGAAGAAGAAACCCAGGUCCAACUAGACUCAAGCAAUUGAUCUGCUUUGCUCUUUCCAUCACCCGCCUCUUAUUUUGUCGCUGAAUGAAGGCACUUGAGCUCUCUUAGCUGAGCUAAUUUCUUGGCUCCCUUGGGAACUAAGGAAAUCUGUGUUUUGUUUUGUUUUUAAAUUAAGCUCCUUCCAAGUAGGGCAAUACAAACAGAACCAGGUGGUUAUUGGAAGUGCAGGCAAGAGGAACAACCAUGGCAGAAGGCCAUCACCACUAGCCCUGUGCACAAUUUUUGGCCUUAAAUAUCUAAACCAGGCAUCCCCAAACUUCGGCCCUCCAGAUGUUUUGGACUACAAUUCCCAUCUUCCCCGACUACUGGUCCUGUUAGCUAGGGAUCAUGGGAGUUGUAGGCCAAAACAUCUGGAGGGCCGCAGUUUGGGGAUGCCUGAUCUAAACACUCUGAUCCCUCAAGCUCUAUGCAGGCCUAACGAUGCAAAUGCACCACAAGUAAGACAGAUUCAACUGUUGUGGCUUCCCAGCAAGGAGCACAAGGUGUUCCUGUCUUGAACAGGCAGAGGAAGAUCACACUUGUGGAGUAGAUGAAAGUCCCUUUUAACAAUCGCAUCACUGUCCCUCAUCUAGCCUAACAUUGUGUACUCCAGAUUGGCCUAGCCUCUUCAGAGCCUCACCCAUACCUGUGGUCCUUUAACUGGCUAAUAGCAGAGAUUGAGCCUUAGGACUCGCGCAUGCAUGCUACAACUGGGCUAUGCCUCCCCACCUUAAACUAGAAGUUCCAUCAUUGUUGGCAACACAGAUCUCCUUUCAACAUCAGCUAGAGACACAGCAAGGGAAGGGUCAGGGAAUAGCGUACAAUUAAUGGGUUGGAUGCUCAAAAGCAAGUCAAAAGGAAUUGAACUUACUAAAAAGCAGCUGGUCAGCUCGACUGGUCUGCUUGGUUCGGUAUUAUCUCAUUGGACCAGCUCUUCCAAAGACUCAAGCAGAGAGGUUUUCCCUGUUACAACAUGGGACAUUCCAUCACUGAGCUAUGAAAUUAUACGUUUUGAGGUUAAGAUGACCUAGCCUCAAACAGCUGCUUCCUUCCAACCAUUCCAGUGGGAAAAGGGAUCAUCUUGCCUCUCUUCCUUGCCCCAUAGGGCUACUCCGGCCCCAAAACUGAUUGCUUAGCACCCCUAGUUCAAGCCCAACCGUGGAGCACAGAAUUACUCAAAUCAGCCAACAGCUUCUGAUCCAUUGCCAAAUCUGACUUCUUUGUGAACACCACACCAACCUUGUGAGGGUUACAAGGAUUUUUUUCCCUCUAAAAAAAAAUCCACAACAGCUGCCUUUAAGCAGUUUCAAAAAUGCUAUAAAUGCUUUUGAGAGUAACUUUAUCAGCAUAAUUCUUAAAGGAAGUCUAAGAACCUUAGUGAGGUUAAGACACACAUUUAUCAUGCAUUAACUAUAGGAGCACAAUGAAAACCACACAGCACUGAAUUUGCUCUUUUCCAGCAUCCUCAAAGCCACAAACGCCAGAGUAGGGAGGAACCUCUCCAAAAAGCAGAAAGCCUGGUCUAACAGCAUAUUAGCAUCAAUGGGAUCUGCUCUUGAUAUAGAAUGGAAAUAGCUUAAAAAUGUACCCCAAACCAGCAGAGAGCAGGGAGUUUUUUAAAAAAUAUAUAUGGGAGAGGCCGUUACCAUCUUUCCCCUGCCCUGCUGUGUGUGCAAAAUCUAACAAUUAUUCUUUUUGGCAGAGGUGGUGUUCUGAUUUUGGGGGGCAGGGGGAGGAUAGCAUGUAUCAGAAAACAAACAUGGGUAAUGGCAAACCAUAUACAGUAUAGUCAAGUUAACAACAGUGUCCACAGUGUAGCAAAUUGUUAUUCAAAACGAUGGCUGUGUAUCCAAAGAUACUAGAGGUUUGUUGUUGGUUUUUAGAAAUGCUUUCCCCCCCCUUUGAGCUGUUGCUCACACAAGCUAACCUCAUACAGAUUUAAGCAUGGGACCCAUGUGCCCGCUGGACAGUAAAAGGGCCUAUGAUUAGCUAGCAUUUAAUCACGCUAAUGUCUUGUGCCAGUUGUCCUUCAAGAUGCGCCACACAAAAGGAGAUGGACAGCAGGAUGGCAAAGCCCCACAAGACGCUGGAAUGACCUUUGCUGAAAGAUUGUUCAAAGCAGAAGUCCAAAAACAUCUGAAGGACCACAGGUUGCUCCCCGCUCCCCCCCAGUUUCAGCCCGUUCUUGAGUUCUUCUAAGGAACUUGCUCUGAUCUUUCCUACCUAGUAAACCUAAAUGCUCCAAACCACAUAACCAGUAAUAAGAGCAGUAGCGAGGUCCCUGCCUAGAUAUUAAGUGCCUUUUUUCUAUCACCAGCAGUGCUCAUGCAAAUAAAAUUCUUUCUCCAUCCCCUGACCAUCACCAUCAGAGAUCCUGUUUGCUUGCUCAGAACAUCAAUCAGGGCUCAAAGCCUUCUGGGACAUUACAAUUUCUGAUACAAGUGCAGGUGCUCAUUGAGGGCAGGGUUUUCAGAGGCUGGGGGCAAACCUGGAUUCAGGCUCAAAAUUGCCCUGCAGGUAGCAUUUUCCAAAGGGGCUCAACAUGCAAUGUAAAAUUAGUUUACCUGGGUCCAGCUGCAUCCUCACAUUUGUGCCAGUCGUCCUUCAAGAUGCGCCACACAAAAGGAGAUGGACACCAGGAUGGCAAAGCCCCAAUGCUGAAUAGCAUCCGGCCAUGAACAGUUUACUUGACGCCAUCUCUGUGAGCUGUAGGUAUAAGCUUCCCGCACUGUGGUUUCCAAAUUUUAAAAUCUUAACAGAUUAGUUUCUAUCACAGCAGCAAAUGAAUGAGCUCCACAGCUUGCUAUUUUUUUAAAAAAAACAACAACCACCAAAUAGGCAUUUAAAGAAAAAAACUGAGUGUUCUUGUUAAGUUCUCCACCUUUCUACUCUUGUAUAGUAUAAUUUUUCUAUAUAUUGUUUCUGUAUGUACUGUACAUGUAACUUAUUCUUUAAUACAGCUAAAAAUACAUACAGAUCUGCCCCUGCAGUAAAAUAAAAACUUUUUAGAAAUUUUCAGUGGUUGGUUCCAUGGUCAUUUCUUUUUCCCUCAACCCACCGCCUCUCUAUGGAGCCAUCCUUACAGAAUCUUAUUUUUAAAUCACCUGAUAAGAUAUUGAAAAUGGGGGUAGCCAACGUGAUGCCCACCAGAUAACAGGAUCAACCGUGUGGGCUGCUGCAAAUUGGGAGCCCAUCAGUUUUUGAAGGGCACCACCUUGCUUUCUCCUGCUUUCAAGCUGAAAUGCCACACUUCUUGGAAUGGGAAAGAACUGCCUGGAGGACGCAAGUCUUACAUCCUGUGAGCACAGCACAUAAGGAAGUGUUUCCAUUAAUCACACACACCUCCCACUGCAGGCAUUCCUGAGCCCAAAUUACGUUGUGGUGAUGAGUCACUAGCUCAGGAAGCUGUUGGUGGAAGAGUGCACCAUGAGCCUUUCUUAAGCUAUGAGCCCAAGCAGCCGUGAAGCUUCCAUGCCAGAGGUAUGUACCCUCUGAUAUAUGUGGGGUCUGGGGGACUGUUGGAUUCAGCCCCUGGGCUCCUGGUUACCGCUGGACAGAGUAUGGUAAAAGAGUUGGGUCUGCAGGCUAAUUCAGCCAGUCUUCUCUUGGAGCAAAAAUAACCCACAGACCCAGCAGGUACCAACUCCUAAGUGAAAGUAAGUUUAUAUCGGUGUGAGAGAAAUUUUUCAGCCUGAGGGGCGCAUUCCAUUCUGGGCAACCUUCCAAGGUCCACAUGGGUGGGUGAAGCAAAGCAUGCAAAUUUCCCCAUUUGCAGACUAUGCUCCUUUCCAUACACACUCAAUAUCCUUCCUCCAGACAAGCAAGAGGCAUCAUCAGAGUUCAAGGGUACAUUCCAGGCAGUCCAAAACACAUGGGGGGGGGGGUGAAGCAGGGCCAGUGAGGGGUGUGGCCUGUGGAGAGUCCCAAGGACCAGGUCUGGAGGGCCACAUUUGGCCGCCAUGCCUAAGGAUCCCUGCUUCUGGUUAAGACUGAAAAUCGGCAUUGGCUCAACUACUUCCAAUGCAGCCUUCCCCAACCUGGUGCCCCUCCAGAUGUUGGGGACACAAUUCCCAUUUGACUCUAACCAUGCUGGCUAGGGAAUGAGUCCAAAACAUUCAGAGGGCACUAAGUUGGGGAAGGCUUAAUGCUUGGCCCAACCACCACAUUUAUACAGAAGCCACCUCUAGACACAUGUUUUUCAGUUUU